AUGGAAAACAUAUCGAUUGAAACUAUUACUCUACCUGAAGUCGAGCAUUUGGUUCAUGAGCUGUAUAAGCCAAACCCCCCUCAAACUAUCUCCCGUAUCCAAGAAAUCCUUCAGACCCUCCAAAAGUCUCCUGGUGGGUGGCAACUUGCAGAUGGCCUACUAAGUCGACCAGAUCAAAAUGUCAAGUUUUUUGGUGCAUUAACAUUCACCGUGAAAUUAAAUACCGAAAGUUUAUCGGAUGAGGACUCAGUAUCCGUUCUUCAGAAACUCAUCGGUUUCCUUAUCACUUCCCUGAGAGAUGGAACGGCGGGUUUCGUCGUUAAGAAACUUUGCAGUACUCUAGUCACCUACUUUAUCCACUACUCGCAUACCUGGCCCAGAUGCAUACACCAUCUUUCAUAUUGCUUAGAUAGCCGCAUCUAUGUACCUAUCGAAGAUGCUGAUUAUGCCUCUCCCUAUGAGGAUAUAGUCCAGUCAUUGGAUGUUGAAAACUUAUACGCGGUGUCGUGGUUUGCACAAAUCUUGCCUAGUGAAGCAGAGAAGAUUGACGCCAAGCCUGUCAAGUAUAUCCCCCUACAUGAGCGGCUGGCGAAUAAUGCCGCUGACGUUGUGGUACUCUUGGUUUAUGGUAUUAAACCUGUUAGCGACCGCAAUACCCGUCCGGCGGACUCGAUAAGUUGUCUGCAAGCAUGGCUCCAAUAUGUCCAACGAAGUUCCAAGCAGCCAUUAAUCCAGCAGUUUCGGAAACUAGUUGGCCCUGUUAUCAACUGUCUCCCUCACGCCGAAUUAUAUGACGUUGCCGUUGGGCUUCUUACUGAGGCUUUAGAAGAUUGGCCAUCAUUCUUUGUUGGAGAUCACAUCGAAUCCCUAUACUCGGUUUUUGAAAGUGACUGGGCCCGGGGUAGAUAUCGUAGUCUAAUCGAGAGUGAGGAGAUGGAUGACGACGACGUUCAUUUUGGACUUUUUAUGCUGUCCUUCGGUAAUGCACAGGCAAUAGAUUUGGUAGAUGGAACCAACGAAAGAGCCCAACGUUUCCUUGCUAUGCUGGUCGGCUUGUUGAGCGCAAAGGGGUACCCCGGGGUGGAUGAUAAGAUAUUCGUUCCAGCUCUCGAAUUCUGGGGGACAUUCGUUGAAAUCCUAGCAGGGACUUUAUACGAAGACUCAACUAGAGAUAGGCAGUGGGAUAAACCACCGGUAUUGCAAAUAAUGCAAGCCGUCUCAGAGAGUUCGCGCAAGAUACAGUAUCCUCACAUCACCAUUUAUAAUUCUUGGGACUCUACGGAAAGAGUCGCCUUUGGAGAUGCGCGAAAAGAUGUUGCCGAUUUUCUACAGUCCGUGUAUACGAUAAUUGGUAAAGAGUUGGUCUCCAUCUUUGCGAAAAACAUGCUGGAAGCCUUACCAAGAUCAGCCUGGGCGGAGCUUGAAGCUGCGGCCUUUUGUUUAGGCUCUCUAUCUGAUUGUCUGCCAGAUGAAAGUUUAUUCGAUGACAUAUUAACUCAAAUAUUCGGCUCGUCGUUAUUUGAUUUAUUAUGUCAGGGGCAGAGCGUGGUACCCGUCCGGGCGAGACAGACGUGUCUCUCCCUCAUAGAACGUUACUCAGAAUACUUUGGCCAUCACGCAGAGUUCUUACCCGCUGCUCUAAAUUUACUCUUUAGCGCGGUAGGCGAUAGGCAUCUUGCACUGCCUUCGUCGAAAUCGAUCUACACACUCUGCUCAUCCUGUCGAUCAAUUUUAACACCUGAAGUUGAUACUUUCCUCGAACAAUACGCAACACUACGCAGUAGUGAACUUGACUCGUUAGCCGAAGAGAGGGUUGUUGGUGCUAUUGCAUCGAUCAUACAGGCAGUCCCCGAGGAUACGCGGAAGGCGAACGCCUUUAAGAGGUUGCUCACCAUGGUCGGGGUAGAUGUUGAGACCAGUUUGCAACUCUCAUCUUAUGGCGAAGGAUCUCUCUUGCCUCCUGAUAAUCCGGUGAUAAUACGAGCCUAUGAUUUUGCACAGCGCCCGGACGCACCCGUUCCUGCAUCUGAAAUAUCAUUGAAUCUAGCCACUCGAGCUCUUCGCUGCCUUUGUAGCAUCGCCAAGGGAAUUCAGGCGCCCUCUGAAGCCCUUGUAGACCUGGAAGCUGACGACGAAGGUACUCAAGUGUCAUCCAAUUCUGACCUGCAACAGAUACAAAUUGAUAUCAUGAGCAUUCUAGUUCGGCUUAAGGAGACAUUUUCGUGUAAUAGCGAAGUUAUCGACGUUAUCUGUAGUAUCCUUCGUGCCGGCUUCUCAGAAACUGAGCCGGGACCGUUCGUAUUUCCUCCACAGAUGGUCACCGAGUUCAUCACGAGCAGGUGGAAUAAUCGUGUUGCUACAGUGGUUAAUACAGCAAGUGUAUUUAUCACGUCUCUUAGCAGCGGAAACCAAAAGAAUUGCAUAUCAGAGGUCCUCAGUCAACUCUUACCAUGGGUUUUUAGCCUACUAAGUCAGCUUUCAGAACCCGAGCAAGAUCCUGAGCUGGCACAGUAUGGUAUUGAAUUUGCCCAGAGAGUUAUGUCGAAGCGCCCAGAGAUACUUAUGUCCCAACCCGCAAAUAUGCUUGAGUUCCUCUUCAUGUUUGCCAUUAAGCUACUAAAUGGAAAUGAACCAUUACCCAAAGCAGCAGCGGCCGAUUUCUGGUCUACAUUUAUUUCACUCCGAACAACCGAUGAGAACACUACAGCUAUUGUAGAAAACGCGAUAACAUAUCUAGGCCCUAGGUUGUCCGAAUCACUCAUACAGAACAUCGGAGGCAAGGCAGCGAGAAGCGAACUCGACAAGCUUAGCGAGCCGCUCAAGAAGCUGGUAGCGCAGCAGGUCAAUGCUCGUCAGUGGUUAGGAGCAGCCUUACAAGAUCCGGCCUUCCCUAGCGACAAAGUGUCACCAGAGGACAAGGAACUAUUCCUCAAGAAAGUAAUUAUGCUACGUGGUCAGCGAACAACUAAUGCUCUCGUUCGAUCAUUUUGGCUAGCUUGUAGAGGAUCUAACUUUGCGUAUACAUCGUGA